ACAAGGGCAGGAAUCAUGGUCUCAAGUUUCUUUCAGUCCUGCCUUAUUCUUGCCCUUUCAGGUCCUCCUGAGUCAAUGAGGGAGCAUGUGGUUGCUGCCUCCAAGGCCAUGAAGAUGGGUGACUGGAAGACCUGCCACAGUUUCAUCAUUAAUGAAAAGAUGAAUGGGAAAGUGUGGGACCUUUUCCCUGAGGCUGACAAAGUUCGCACCAUGCUAGUUCGGAAGAUCCAGGAAGAGUCACUGAGGACCUACCUCUUUACCUACAGCAGUGUCUAUGACUCAAUCAGUAUGGAGACACUGUCAGAUAUGUUUGAGCUGGAUCUACCUACUGUUCACUCCAUCAUCAGCAAGAUGAUCAUUAAUGAAGAAUUGAUGGCUUCCCUGGACCAGCCGACACAGACAGUGGUGAUGCACCGAACUGAGCCCACUGCCCAGCAGAACUUGGCUCUGCAGCUGGCUGAGAAGCUUGGCAGCCUAGUCGAGAAUAAUGAACGGGUGUUUGACCAUAAGCAAGGAACCUAUGGUGGCUAUUUCCGAGAUCAAAAGGAUGGUUACCGGAAAAACGAAGGCUACAUGCGCCGUGGUGGCUACCGCCAGCAGCAGUCUCAGACAGCCUACUGAGUUCUCCAUUUCUGUCCCUGUGAUCGGACUAACUUAGCUUUUCAUUCCUAAGCCCACCCCAGUCAUUAAAGGUCUGUUGCGAAUUUA